CUGGCACUGGAAGUGGUUGCACGCGUCCCCGCGGAAGUGUUGUGGUGUCCUCCUUCGGGUUCUGGAAUUGGCAGAAGAAACAAGCGGUUGCGUCCUGACUUCAUUGUGGAUUAACUAGUGUGGAUUGAAGCUUGUUUGUUGCAGCCCUGUUGUAGCAGGACGAAAAUCGUCGAUCAUUUCGCCGUGGAACGAGAGAGGCAUUUCCGGUGGAUAAUAAAUUUCCCAGCUACCGGAAAACCCAUUUUCCAACCGCCCAGUGUGAGCUGGUGGAUAAUUGGUUUGAGUGCAAUUAAGUGCGCGUUUGGGCCAAGAAGAAGAAUUUAAUUGCAGAUUCGAUUGUAACGGUCGAAAUUCUGCGAGCAGUUUUUUCUUCGUCUGUGUGUGUGCCAGUGCGAAACUUGUGCAGAAAAGAGAGUGGAAAAAAUAAUUAGAGGAAAAGAAAUAAAUCAUAAAAUUCAUCUAAGAGGAAAUUUACAGCUUGUGAACAAAACGAGCGAUUAGACGUUUUAAGUAAUAGUGGAAAAAGCAUAAUAAACAAAGCAAGGAAAAAGUUUAUUGAUGUGCAUACAUUAAAGUGAAAAAAAAGAAGACACUUCCAUUAGGAUUGAACCAAUUCUGGAAAGCUUUUAACUGAUAGCAAGGAUAAGCUAAACGGCCGGCACCUGCUUCCCAGAAGGAUACAACGCAACAUCCGGAGGAGCUGAUUGAUUGUGGAUACUUUCCAGUAAGAGAGGUACAACUCGUUCACAUCAAAAAACUUAAUGUGUCAUGACGACUCCCCCGAGGUUGAGCUAGGACUUUUUGAACCACGAGGACUCAGCUUUGCAUAGCAGGUGGUCAUGAUGGAGUUGCAGCUGCCAACCGAAUUGCCAGCCCUGCUGAACCACACGCUGCACUAUCUGGACAUGGUUCGGGGAUCUUCCGGUGGAAAUGGUUCCCAAGCCGCAGCUGCCGCCCUCACCACAAACGACACCCUGCUGGAUCUGGUCGGACUGCAGCCCGUUAAUGGAACGCCCGGGGACUAUCAGCACCAUCCGGGCAUUAAGGCCGAUCCGAUUUGCAUCAUUCUACCGAUCACGAUUUUUUACUGCUUUAUCUUUGUGGCCGGAAUCGUGGGCAACCUGGCCAUUUGCAUUGUGAUUGCGAAAAAUCGCUCGAUGCACACCGCCACCAACUACUAUCUGUUCAAUUUGGCCGUGUCGGACUUUUUGCUGCUGCUGUUUGGAAUGCCCCUCGAAGUAUACGGCACGUGGUACCCCUUUCGCUACCCGUUCAAUCAGGUGGCCUGCAUCAUCACGGGGCUGCUCUCGGAGACGGCCACCAACGCGACGGUACUGACCAUAACGUCCUUCACCGUCGAACGAUACAUCGCCAUCUGUCACCCAUUUCGAUCACACACAAUGUCCAAACUGUCUCGCGCCAUCAAAUUUGUGAUUGCGAUCUGGCUGGUGGCGUUCGGAUUGGCCACUCCGCAGGCCCUCCAGUUUGGUGUGGUGGAAAAUGGCCACACGCGGCUCUGCACGUUCAAAAACCAUCACUUUGCACACGCCUUCGAGGUGUCCAGCUUCCUGUUUUUCGUCGGCCCGAUGACGGUCAUCGCCGUGCUGUACGUCCUGAUCGGAAUCAAGCUGCGGAAGAGCAAAUUGCUGCAGGGCGUCAAACGGCAAGGUCACGGAGCCGGCUGUGGUGGUGGUGGUGGCGGCGGAGGUCAUCACGGUGCAACGACGCUGGGUGGCGCCACUGCCGGUGGAGGCGGAGGUGGUGGUGGAUGCAGUGACGGGAUGACCGCUUCCGGAAUGGGUGGCCACCGGGCGGUUUCUGGCCAGACGAGGGUCAUUCGAAUGCUUGUGGCCGUCGUGGCGACGUUCUUCUUCUGCUGGGCACCGUUCCACGCCCAGCGGCUGAUGGCCGUGUACGGGAACGUCACCAACACCAACAACCAGUUCUUCUUCGACAGCUACACGGUGCUGACGUACAUUUCCGGCAUCCUGUACUUCCUGUCGACGUGUAUCAACCCGCUGCUUUACCACAUCAUGAGCCACAAGUUUCGCGAUGCUUCUAGGCGCACCCUGCGGCAGUGCUGCUGCGGCGGAUCGGACGGGAAACGCGCGGACGGCCAGACGUACAGUGCCUUGUCCCGGUACGGCAUGGCCGGCAACGGGGGCGGUUCGUUCAAACUAGCCAACAACAUGGGGUACGGAGUUGGUGCGCUUCCACCGGGUGCGGCCCGAGUCAACUCGUCGACCGAACCGCCGGGUGGCCAGUACUGCCACCAGGAGUCGGAGAUGUCGCUGCUGCGGAGUGAACCCGGCCGGUACCACCAGAAGUCGGACGCGCACUGCGUUUCAAUCAGCAGCCAGUCCACGAUCAUGACAACGCUGAGCAGCAGCGGCGGCGGCAACGGUGGCCAGAUCAACCGGUCCUCUUCGGUGGAGCGGAAGCACCCGAAUGGACGCCUGCCGGUCUGCCGGAACUCGACGAGCAGUUUUGGGUCCAGGGGUAGCGGCAAUGGACCGUCGGAGAACGGAGAGCCGGGAGGACGGUUGUCCACGAUCGCGGAAAAGCUGCGCCGUGGCACCAAGAAGGUGUUGCAGUUUAGCAAAUCUCCCGCGACGUCUCCGUCGAAGAGCGCCGGCAGUGGUACGAUGGUCCCCGCGGGUGUUACGGUUCCCGCCGAGGGCAAGCGGCGCUGGCUGCGGAAGAAGGAAAGCGUCGACAGCUGCGACACCAACACGAUAAGCAAUUCCAGCUUGAAGGAGUACGACGAGGAGGAGUUUUCCAGCGCCGAACUGGCCCGGUACAUGGCCGAGGUCAACAACGAGAUCCGUUGAGAGAUGAGUUGUUUUGGAAGUUGAGACGAGAGACAAGGUGCAACGAGUAGUACAAAUUUUGGAGGAGAGUGUGCGUUGAAAAUGGAAAGAUAUUUUUCGAAGAAUGGAACGGCUCAGGAAUUUCAGAACAAAAAUAAGCUACAGAAUCGUAUCUGUCGUAUCAGAAAGAAAUUACUUAGACAGAAAAUAUGCUGUAGUUUUAAAAAUCGAU